GUUUGGAGCAGGACGGUAAAUAUAAGGCCUCUGGGCUCCUUUCUCCUUCCUGCGCACUUGCCCUUCAUCGCGGCCAUGCCACCCUACACCAUCGUCUACUUCCCUGCCCGAGGUGUGCCACCUGCUCCUCGGGGAAGACAAAGGGCACCGAUGGGCACAGGCCAGACACUCAGGCUGCUCCCUGGUCUCGGGGGCUGGGGGCGCUGCGAGGCCAUGCGCAUGCUGCUGGCUGACCAGGGCCAGGACUGGAAGGAGGAGGUGGUGACCAAGGACGCCUGGCUGCAGGGCCCCCUUAAGGCCUCCUGUCUGUAUGGGCAGCUCCCCAAGUUCCAGGAUGGAGACCUGACCCUGUACCAGUCCAAUGCCAUCUUGCGCCAUCUGGGCCGCUCCCUCGGGCUCUACGGCAAAGACCAGCGGGAGGCAGCUCUGGUGGACAUGGUGAACGACGGUGUGGAGGACCUCCGAAGGCUCUGUGGUCACCUCAUCCGCCACAACUAUGAGAAGGACAAGGCCCAAUAUGUUGAGGAGCUGCCUGGGCACCUGAAGCCUUUUGAGACCCUGUUGGCCCAGAACCAGGGGGGCCAGGCCUUCAUCGUGGGUGACCAGGUACACUGGGGAGCGACCCACACGCUUGGGUGUUUCACAUGGGCUCUCACGUUGUCCGCGCUGGUGUGUCACCCACGGUCACCCAGGCCGUGUAGCAGGUGGCCAGCAGGUGUGUGGCUGAAGGCAGAUUUGGAGCUCUAGUCAGCCUCCCCUUGGGGAUCAAGUGGAAGGACAAGGUCUCCCUCCGCUUCAGCGAACCUCUGUCAGCCCCAGGCGGGGUGCCCCACCCAGUGCCCAUGCCCAGUCCACCUCUCCCUCCUGAAAGGCUGUGGCUGCCUCCCCCCAACUCCCAACCCUCAGUGCCCCUGGUGAGCUACCUGAGACUCUCUUCCCUGCUCUGGUCCUGGACCUGGGCCUGGCGGUCGGGACCCCUGCCUGUCCUUCCCCAGCUGUGCAGCCUUGGACAAGUGACCGAUCCUCUCUGACAUCACAAAGCGCCACACUGUUUACUGAGCACCUCCUCGGGGCCAGGCACUUGCAGGUCUUGAUCUCGUGUUACAGAUGAGAAAGCUGAAGUCAGAGCUGGAACUUGUACCCUGCCUGCCAAGCCUCGUUUCUCUCCCAAAAGCCCGGGAAAUGCUCUCGAAUGUGCUCUGGACAAAGUGGUCAUUGAAGAGGUUAUUUACAAUGUUAAUGUUAGUUAAAUGUUAAAUAUCCUGAUUGAAAUAAACUUAAAGCCACAGGGAAUGUGAGAAGCCAGAGCACAGGUCACAGCCAAGCCCUGGCCUGCUGUCCCCAGCUCUGCAAAC